UCAGCAGUCGUCCUGGUGGGACGGCCGUGCUGCUUUGCGUGGCUUGCAGUCUCCACAGCACUCUUGUUUUCGUGUGUGCGUGCGUGUGUGUGUGAGCGAGAGAGUCACCACUUGAACACUUUACACGACCGGAGAAAUUCACGGACAAAUUAGUCCGUCGACUUAGAGGGAAGAGCGGAGGAUAAGUUGCGAACGAGCGAGGAGACAUGUUUUUCAGCGGCGGGGGAGAGACUGUCCGGCUGCCUGCACUUCCAACCAGCCUUAAAGCCUCUUUGAUGCAGCCGCUUAGCUAACAAGCUAACUCGGAAUGUUUUCAGAAACUAGCUUGUUAGUAGCCUGCUAGCUAGCUAAGUCGGCCGGAGAAAUCUGCGGUGUGGAUUCAACAAACAGUAAAAAUGAUACUGGAGUCUUUCAACACGGUGAGAGGAAGAUUUGUGACACCUUCUCCGACCGGGUAUGUUGAAUGUUUGGAGCUCCAGAGCCCGCUUGGUUCCUAAUUUCCAGUGGGGACAAUAGUUAACUGUCCAGGCAACAAGUCUGGCUCACACCGCUGCUUUAACGUUGCUCAAGUUUGUAGUCGUGUGUGGCGUUGCUGUUGCUCUGUGUGUGGUUGUAGCUCGAUAGAAAAGAAUCCUCUGAGUUGAAAUGAUCGCUUACGGCUGAGUAAAGGUGGCGUUAUACAAAGGAAAGUAGGGUGCGACUUCAGAUGCCCCGAUUUGAGCGCAUCGGGUCACUGUGUUGUUUAGGAAAACCUGUUGUCAGUUAAGCGGUGCCAUUAUUGACGAGGAGACGAGGUGGAUGGACAUUAUAAAUCGCCCACAUGCGUUGGAUCACUUCCCGGACUUGUGAAAGGCAUCUGAAGCAGAAGGAGGGAGAAGUGAGCGCACAGCCCUUGCAACCCGGGGGAAGAUGGCGGAACGUUCCCGCAGGAGGUGGUGAGACCAAAACUUCGGGACUUCUUGGAUUUAUCGCCGGGCAUCUUAUCCCAGAUCGCCGGACACAUGCAGGCCAAAAAACGAUACUUACUUCUGUUCUCCGCCGGUGCGUGUCUGGUUCUGUUGUUCUGUUUCGGGGGGAUACAAGUCCCGCUUUCCAGACGGGGUCCCAGCCGGCGUGAUGACCGCAGCCUCGCCGGUUAUCACCCCGGGGCGAGGUGGCGUCCCCUGCCCGGUUACCUACAGCCCUUCAGCCCCUGGGAGCAGGACCGGAGCGAUGAUCUCAAUGAACACAUAUCUCCCAGGCAGAAGAGGGACACACUCUCAGGCCUGUACACCGGAAAACGUUGCAGGAUGGAGUCCUGUUUCGACUUCUCCCUGUGCGAGAGGAAUGGAUUUAAAGUUUACGUGUAUCCCCAGCAGAAGGGGGAGAAGCUGUCAGACAGUUACCAGAACAUCUUAUCCUCGAUUGAAGGCUCCAGGUUCUAUACACCUGACCCAGGACAGGCCUGCCUGUUUGUCCUGAGUUUGGACACUCUGGACAGGGACCAGCUUUCCCCCCAGUAUGUACACAACUUGAAAGCAAAAAUCCAGAGCCUUCCUCUGUGGAAUGGAGGCAAAAACCACAUCAUCUUUAACUUAUACUCUGGCACUUGGCCAGACUACACAGAAGAUCUUGGCUUUGACAUUGGACUCGCAAUGUUGGCCAAGGCCAGCAUCAGCACAGAGAACUUUCGGCCAAACUUUGACGUUUCCAUCCCUCUCUUCUCUAAAGACCACCCCAGGACAGGAGGGGAAAGGGGCUAUCUGAAACACAACACAAUCCCCCCUUAUAGGAAGUACAUGCUUGUUUUUAAGGGGAAAAGGUACCUAACUGGAAUAGGUUCGGACACUAGGAAUGCUUUAUAUCAUGUUCACAACUCAGAGGAUGUGGUCCUCCUCACCACUUGUAAGCAUGGGAAGGACUGGCAGAAGCACAAGGAUACACGGUGUGAUAGGGACAACACAGAAUACGACAAGUAUGACUACAGAGAGAUGCUGUACAACUCUACAUUCUGUCUGGUACCUCGAGGACGACGGCUGGGUUCCUUUCGCUUCUUGGAGGCCUUGCAGGCAGCUUGUGUGCCAGUGAUGCUAAGCAAUGGCUGGGAGCUUCCCUUCUCAGAGAUAAUCGACUGGAACACGGCAGCAGUUAUUGGGGAUGAAAGGCUGCUAUUACAGAUCCCCUCAACAGUGCGGUCCAUCCACCAGGAUAAGAUCUUGUCCCUGAGACAGCAGACGCAGUUCCUAUGGGAGGCUUAUUUCAACUCGGUGGAGAAGAUAGUACUGACCACACUGGAGAUCAUCCAGGACCGGGUACUGCUGCACACCUCACGGAGUAACCUCAUGUGGAACUGUCUUCCUGGAGGUCUUUUCACGCUGCCUCAGUACUCCACACACCUGAGAGACUUCCCCUUCUACUACGCUAAGCUGGGUAUCAAGCCACACCCCAAGUUUACAGCAAUCAUUCAUGUGGUCACUCCACUGGUCUCCCAGUCCCAGCCAGUCAUGAAGCUGCUGGUGGCUGUGGCCAAAUCCCAGUACUGUGCUCAGGUAAUGGUUCUGUGGAACUGCGACAAGCCUCUUCCUGCCAAGCAGCGCUGGCCUGCCACCUCUGUCCCUGUCAUUGUUAUAGAAGGGGAAAGCAAGGUGAUAAGCAGUCGCUUUCUACCCUACGACACCAUCCCCACUGAUGCUGUACUCAGUCUGGACGAGGACACGGUGCUGUCCACCACAGAGGUCGACUUUGCCUUCACAGUGUGGCAAAGUUUCCCCGACCGCAUAGUUGGUUACCCAGCUCGCAGCCACUUCUGGGACAGCAACAAGGAGCGGUGGGGCUACACUUCCAAAUGGACCAACGACUACUCCAUGGUGCUGACUGGGGCUGCCAUCUAUCACAGAUACUACCACUACUUGUACACCACCUACCUUCCAGCCAGCCUGAAGACCAUGGUUGACCAAAUGUCGAACUGCGAGGACAUUCUGAUGAAUUUUCUGGUGUCGUCGGUGUCUAAACUACCACCCAUCAAGGUCACACAAAAGAAACAAUACAAGGAAACCAUGAUGGGACAGAGCUCCCGGGCUUCUCGCUGGGCCGACCCGGACCAUUUCGCCCAGCGUCAGACCUGCAUGAACAAGUUUGCCAGCUGGUUUGGCACCAUGCCGCUGGUCCAUUCACAGAUGAGGCUGGAUCCGGUCCUGUUCAAAGACCAGGUGUCCAUAUUGCGGAAGAAGUACAGGGACAUCGAGAGGCUAUAACCCUCCUGAGCCCCCCGCUCGCUGGACACAACAAAGAAAGAGCGAGGGGGCGGACAUGUAGAGAAGCCUUUCCAUGGUUGCAUGGAUGGAGCAGUGGAGAAACAAAUUGGAUUGGGCACAGGGAAAGACGAGGAAUAAAACUUGAACAGAAGCGGAGGACGCCACAUUUGUCGGCCUCCUUUGUUGUCCUUCCUUCAUUUCUCCUUUCUACCCCUGCUCUUUGUGUACUAGGGGAUAGCGGAACACACAGGUCCCACUAUUUACAUCAUGACUACCAACCACUGAAGGACACCUGAGGACUUUUAAAGGCUCGACUUUAAACUGAAGUGGUCAUGGAGUCAAAAAAAUCACAGCUUUCUGUUUGUGUCCCAGCAGCAGCAAACCUUUCCCUACUCCAACCCACUGAAAGUGACUGUGUGUUCUGCUCUGUACACUAUGCACAGGUACCUGAAAGUUUUUGAUGACAGAAUAUUAUUGAUAAAUAUGAAGAGGAUAACACUAUUUUGGAUUGUGUUUAGCUAUUUUUUAUACAGUGAAUGAAUGGCCAGCACUACUCUCUCUGUAUUGUCUUAAUAAAAAACCAAUAGUAGGGUGGCUUAGGGGAGGAAUGACAACCCCUCGACCACAGAACUGAGUUAGGAUCAUUGAUCUGACAUUCACAGUGCCUCACAGUUUAUCUAAUGGCAGUGGGAUCCUGGAAUCUUAGAAAAAGACUUGGUGCAGAAUGAGCACCUUGAUCUUGCUGCUUUAUCGUUGUAUUUUUUUUCGUGAUAUGUGAUUUUCUGUAUAACUGAUAAAAUUAUGGAUCGUGUAGUAAAUUUUCAAAGGUCAGCAUUCACAUAUUGUUCUCAAAAAGGUAGAAUGAAAAUGUGUUUAUUCAGUUGAACAAACAGUUAUGUGCCAUUUUGAACAAAUUUCCUGUGUAAAAUUAUGGCUGUUUCAAAGGCACCUUGUGCAGCUAGAUUUGCUAUGUGGGAACAGAAAUCCCAGGAACUGAAUAGGAAUGCAGAGAAAAUUCAGUGAGAUCCCCUGUUUCCAUUUUAGCAAGAAACUUUCUUCAUGUCUCCUUUUUUUCAUUUGUAAAGGCAUAAACAACAAGCUAGAAUCGGUACUUGAAUACGUGCUGAACUGAAGAACAACAGAGGAUUGUAUGAGUUGCCUUGGUUAUAUGAGGCUGAGUUUGCCAGUGGUCUGUUUGAAACACAAACCACUGUGAAAACCAGGGCAUGGUUCUUUUUGGGCUGGAAUAUUUAUAUUCUGUAAUUGUCUCUUUGAUAUAGACCCAAUUUCAUUUCAUCCAGUUACAAGUUUGGCAGUAGCUCAGGUUCACAGGUACUUGACGGUGGCUAACAUUGCUUUCAUCUAGACUGUCAGAGUUUGGCAUCAUACUAAGCAGACCACUAUAUAUUUCCCCAAAUAUUAUGAACAAAUAUGAGCAGACUAACAAGAAUUCUCACCAACCAGUUGUCAUACCCCUAAAAGACUUUGAUAGCAAUUUUAAAUUAGUGGAUGAUAUGCUAUCCAGUAAGUAAUUGUUCCCAUUUGUGUUAUUUCUUCGACUACAUACAUGCAAAUUAAAGCCUUUUGGCAUGUCUGAUAAUGAUAUAUGUAAAUAGCCAUCACAACAUCAGACUGACAUAAUGCUGUUGCAGUUUGGUAACAUUCAGGAAACAAAUGUUAAAGACACGUUCCUUAACUCAGUAUGUCUCCUAAAAAACAUCUUUGUCACUUUCUAUAUAGUGGUCUGAAAUCUGAGAGACAUAUCUCAUUUGUUACAAAUCUGUACAUUGAUUGCCAAAUGUCAUUGGAACAUGAAAUUAGGUUUAUAUGGUGCUGGGUCAACAGGCUAAAUGACUUUGUGUCCUUUUUUUGUGUUGAUAUAUCAUGUUAUCUGAAAAUGUAAAUCAAUGACUCUAGAAUGGACGAAGUUUUUAAAUCACUACAUGAUCGAGUUAAAAUUCAACACACUGCCCUUAAAUUGUAAAUUUAGCAACAUUUCAGCCAUCUAAUCACACAAACCGUGACACAUGCUUUGGUAGCUUCAGCUUUUCUUCUUUUUUUUUUGCCGGAAAAUCAAACAAAUCGUUGUUUCUUUAAGCGCCACAGUCCUUCACAGACUACCCUAUGUGCCAAUAGAGCAUUCAUGGUUUUGUUUUUUGUGUUCACUGGAUAUGUGGAAUGCCAUGCAUUCCCAUAUUUAUGUGGUUCGUUAAGUAUUUUCUGUCUGUAUAGGAACAAGAGUGUAAAAGGAUGGAAAGAGUUUGUGUGAGAGGCUGAGAACAUGGCACAGAAGGCUGCUGCAUGGUAUUUUUCACUUCUGAGAAUGUGCUUUCAGUGUAAGGGCAAAUAAGCAGCCCUAGUAUAACUACUAAACAUAGUGCUAUCAAGACAAAUGAACAUGGUCGUAGACAGUAUCACAUUUCAGAAACGAACUUGGUGCAAUAUUUAAGCUGGCAUUUUCUCUUUCUGUUUCCUUUCUCUUCCCUUGUGUUAAUGUUUCAGAGGGCAGGGGGUGAUAUAUUGACGUGCCUUCAGAAGAAAUACACUUACGAAUUUUUUUGUUCUGAAAUGCCUUGUUUCUAGAAACAGGUCCCUAUUUUCAUUUCAUCAAAGUUUUUGUGUUUUCUUUAUCAACAUCCAGUAACUCAUAAAGCGCCCUAAUUUAUAUUGUUUAACACUGGAAUGCUAUGAAGACUCACCACCACACAUCUGAUACUAACAUUCCUGCCUUUUCUGUCAUAGGAACGUUUUUCUAAGUCUUGUCCUGACAUACAUACUGCCUUGUAUUACUAUACUUGCGAGAUCCCAAACCCCCACUUCUGCCUAAUUGUCACAACUACAGUAAUACAUGUAAUAAACAUAAUUCUCACACACAAACGCGCAGUAUAUAUCAGACAGGAUUGUGUCUCAAAUGAAUCUUUGCCUGCUUCCUUCACUCUCUUCUGUAACUGCACACCUAAUUUUAUAGAGAUUAAAAUGGAAAGAUAGAGGAAAAAAUCACAAUUUUGUAAAUGAAUUUUAUAGAAACAAAUUGAAAAAAAAAUCAACAAAUAAAAUGUUUGAUAUAAAUUGA